CUCUUUCUCUUUCUCUUUCUCUGCAACCUUGGAUUGAUGUGAUUCUCCAACCUUUAGAAAAGAGAGAAAGCUAGCUCAAGAAAACCAUGGUUUUUUCAUCUAUUCCAGUCUAUCUAGAUCCACCCAGUUGGCCUCAGCAACCGAAUCAGCAAGCUGGAAUCACCACCGAUUAUAAUCCGCAGCUUCCACCGCCACCUCCAGCAGCAGGUGGUGGUGGUGGUAUGGCGUCGAUUAGACCCGGUUCUAUGGCAGAGAGAGCACGGCUAGCCAAGAUACCACAACCUGAGGCGGCUCUCAAGUGUCCACGAUGUGAAUCAACCAACACCAAAUUUUGUUAUUUCAAUAACUACAGCCUCACACAGCCACGUCACUUUUGCAAGACCUGCCGCCGGUACUGGACUAGAGGAGGCGCUUUAAGGAACGUUCCGGUUGGUGGUGGUUGUAGAAGAAACAAGAAAAGCAAGGGAAAAAACAGAUCAAAGUCUCCAGCGGUAUCAGACGGCGGUCAAACCAGGUCUAACAUUUCGUCAAGUACAGCACUUGCCUCCACUAGUUGCACUGAUAUACUAGGCCAUUUGCCCCCUAUGGUACCACAACAAUUACCGCUUUUACCACCUUUACAUAAUCUUGGGGGCUUCAAUUCCGGCGAUUUAGGAUUGAAUUUUGGAGGAAUUCAGACACCGCUGGCAGCAGUAAGUGGUGGUACUAGUGGCGGUGUAUCAGUGUUAUCAACUGGGCUAGUGGAGCAGUGGAGACUUCAACAACAAGUGCAGCAAUUUCCUUUCUUGGCUAAUGGUUUGGAGCCUUCAUCAGGGUUAUACUCCUUUGAGGGUACUGAGGGGGUUGAGGCACCAAGUUAUGGCGGUGGUCAGCUCCAGCCAAAGCAACUGGACGGCGGUGUUAGUGUUACUCAAUUGGCUAGUACUGUGAAAAUAGAAGAAAACCAUCAAGGGAUGAAUUUGUCAAGGAAAUUUUUGGGGUUAUCAUCAGGAAAUGAUCAAUUCAGCUGGAGUGGCAAUGCAUGGACUGAUCACCUCUCUGGUUUCACUUCUUCCACCACCCAUCUCUUGUGAUUAACAAAAUCUCUCGGCAUUCUUCUUCGAAUUACCACAGGCUUUCACCAAAGAAAAAUCAACUCAAGAUAGAUCAGAACGGUCCAAUCUAACUUGCGGAUGAGAAGGUGAUGAUUAUGGUAUAUCUUUGAUCAAUAAUUAAAAAAAAGAAAAGAAAAAAAAAAAAACUUAGAAUGGUAGACUUUAAUUAAACUCUUUUGUUGUAUUUUGUGGUUUAAUUUAGGUCUAUGUUCAUGGCAUGAGGGGCUAAAAUGUUAUUAAUUAAUCAAAUAUUGCACUGUAUGAAGUGUUUUGAUCCCUAGAAAUGAAGGUGUGAACUUCUU